CACACUGUGUAAAGUGAUGAGGUCCUCAUGUAGAAAACACUGGAGGAGGCAGAAGUGAGGAGAAACACUCUGCUCUGCUUCACCUUCAAGCAUCAGUUUUACUUUUCUGAAGCUCAAAGCACAAAAAGAAAACUGUCGUCCUCAGUGGUUUAAACUUCCUCUGACUUUUGUGUUAUUCUGUUAGUUAUUAAUCCUGAGUGUGAGGGAGAGAAAGGAGAGAUUAGAAAGAGGAGGAGUAGGAGGAGGAAGAGGAGGAGCUGUAGAUGGAGGAAGAGGAGGCGUCCUGCCCGUCCGUGUCCAGAGGAGAGGAGCGGCCGCCAUGUUAACCAAGAAGCCCGGAGCCUCGGUCCUCCCGACGGGCAAAGUGGGCGAGCCGGUCUACUCUCCUGGUCACAGCGGCUCUCAGACGACAUCACCUGUCACCCUGCCGCCACUUUGGAACAACAACCACAACCCCCUGACGGGAGGCUCCAAAGCUGCCAUGUCGGACGCCGUCCAGCUAUCGUCACAGUCACAGGUCCACGUCACCCAGCUGUACGAGGAGAACACCAACAAGCGUCCGGUCCUGACCUCCCAGCCCAACGGCCUGGCUCCACUCAGCUCCACUCGGCCGGGCCUACCACUGCCCGACCGGCAGACCUCGGCAUCGGAGCCCACCCACCACUGCCGCCAGGGCAGCGCCACCUCCAACAAGUCGACGGACAGCAAGCCAAAGCCCAACCCCCUGUCCCCGGAGCAGGCCAUGAAGCAGUUCAUGUCCAAAAUGUCCUCAUUUGAACACCAUGAAGUUUUCAGCUACCCUGAAGUAUAUUUUGUUGGUCCAAAUGCUAAGAAAAGGUCAGGAGUCAUGGGCGGGGCCAACAACGGUGGCUAUGACGAUGAUCAGGGAUCCUACAUUCAUGUCCCACAUGACCACAUCGCCUACCGCUACGAAGUCCUGAAGGUCAUUGGCAAGGGUAGCUUCGGACAGGUGGUGAAGGCAUUUGACCACAAGUCACAGACUCAUGUGGCUCUGAAGAUGGUCCGCAACGAGAAGCGCUUCCACAGGCAAGCGGCGGAGGAGAUCCGCAUCCUCGAGCACCUGAGGAAACAGGACAAGGACUCGAGCAUGAACGUCAUCCACAUGCUAGAGAACUUCACCUUCCGAAACCAUAUCUGCAUGACCUUCGAGCUGCUCAGCAUGAACCUGUAUGAGCUCAUCAAGAAGAACAAGUUCCAGGGCUUCAGCCUCCCGCUGGUCAGGAAGUUUGCCCACUCCAUCCUGCAGUGUCUGGACUCACUGCACAAGAACCGCAUCAUCCACUGCGAUCUCAAGCCAGAGAACAUUUUACUCAAACAGCAGGGACGCAGCGGCAUCAAGGUCAUAGAUUUUGGCUCUAGCUGUUAUGAACAUCAGAGAGUUUAUACCUACAUCCAGUCCAGGUUCUACCGAGCGCCAGAGGUCAUUCUAGGCUCCAGGUAUGGGAUGCCUAUUGACAUGUGGUCCCUGGGCUGUAUUCUGGCUGAGCUGCUAACUGGUUACCCACUGUUGCCGGGUGAAGAUGAAGCUGACCAGCUGGCAUGUAUCAUUGAAUUACUGGGCAUGCCUAGUCAGAAGCUCCUUGACGCCUCCAAACGAGCCAAGAACUUUGUGUCGUCCAAAGGCUACCCACGGUACUGCACCGUCACCACACUGCCCGACGGCACCACUGUGCUGAACGGUGGCCGAUCACGGCGGGGGAAGGUACGUGGCCCGCCGGGCAGCAAAGACUGGAGUGCAGCACUGAAGGGCUGCGACGACCCACUGUUCCUGGACUUCCUCAAACAGAGCCUGGAGUGGGACCCGGCGCUCAGGAUGACACCCAGCCAGGCACUACGCCACCCGUGGCUGAGGAGGCGACUUCCCAAGCCACCGGCAGGAACUGCCACCACAGGGGAAAAGACCUCAUCGUCUAAACGGGGAACCACCACCUCCGAUGGCACCAUCACCUCCAUCUCCAAGCUCGCCACCGCCUCCUCAAUCACCACAUCCUCCUCCUCCAAAACCAGGACUAACUUGGCAGCAAUCACUGAUGCCAAUGGAAACAUCCAGCCCAGGACGGUUCUGCCCAAACUGGUCAGCUGAGAAUGAAUGCACCUCACUCGCUGUGGUGAGAGGUGAAAGCUGUGCUCACAAGCAGAUCAACCAGCUGGAACUGAAUAAAACUGGUUUUUCCAGUUUUGACGAGCGUUUAGUUUUGUUCAUGUUGGUUUUCACAGCGCUGUUGGGGUGCGUUCAGGACCACAGUCUUGGAAGCUUCGUGUUGGGUUGCUGAAAUGUGCAGAAUGGCUAGACUGGGAUGUAAGCUGAACUGAAGGAAACUUGAUUGAUAAAUUGGGGUGCGUUCAGACUCCUCAAGUUCUCAGUCCUCAGUUUGUUGUUUUACUUUGUGAGCAGCAAGACAUGUUAAUAAUGAUUGUUGGGCUGCUCAGACAAUCAGAACACACCGCACCACUCUGUAGCUCUAAACACACAAAUACAACAUACUCAGAAAAACAUGGUGCUGACAGAGGGAACAAGGCUUUUUUGGAUUUUUUAGCACAGAAUCUAUUUAGCUGAGCUUGUAGUCGAUCAAUCAGACACCAAAAACAACUUUUAUUGAUUUUAGUCUUACAAGGUUAUAUCUGGCAGACAACAAUAAGGCCUCAUAGAAAAGAUUCAUGUAUUUAACUGUCAAAUAAGUCAGAUAUAUCCUUAUAAAACUAACGCUACAGCUGAAAAAUGCAAUGAUUAGCUUGCUAGUCUUUGUUUCAUAUCUCUAUGAAAUAACAAAUUUUAUUUUGUUCUCAGUUUGAGGAACAUUUUUGGGCAUUUGUCGUUAUUUUUGACUUAACUAAUUAAACAAAAAAAAAGGAGAGAAAAA